AUGACGCUGUGGAACUCCAAGGUCGUCAAGAUCAUUGCCGGGUUUCUGUUCAGCAUUCUGUUCCUCAAUGCGCUGGUCAGCAACGGGGUCAACUACACGGCAACGCGACAAAUGAUCCGUGGCGGCCAUCGUCGCCUGACGGAUGAUUCGCUGUACGAGGCAACCCAGAAUGAGACCCUUGGAUUCGAGCAUGUCUAUGCCAUUGGUCUCAAGGAGCGUACCGACAAGCGCGAUUUCCUCGCUCUGGCGGCCUCGAUUGUCGGCUUUCGUGUUGACUGGUUAGAAGGAGUGAAGCCAGAGGAUGUCCAUCCAAAAUCGCUUCCAGAGGGAAUGAACAUGACUAUCAUCAAGCCUACCGUUGCAGCCUGUUGGCGAGCUCAUAUGAAUGCCCUUCGCACAGUCGUGGAAAAUCGGCACGCAACUGCCCUGAUUAUGGAAGACGAUGCCGACUGGGAUGUCUCGCUCAAACAGCAGCUUCGUGAAUUCGCCCGAGGACUCCGGACGCUUUCGCGCAGCAAGACCGCCUCGAAACAAGCCCCUUACGGUACAGAUUGGGAUCUUCUCUGGGUCGGGGGCUGCUCAACCGCUGCCGGAGUCAAUGAGACCGAAUUCUACGCAAUUCCCAACGAUCCGACGGUUCCAGGGAUGAACCGCCGCAGCUUCUGGGUCGACCGGCGGGGCCCCCUGGACAAGUGGAAGCACCGAUUUCCCCAACUCCCCGAGGAAUCAACCCGGUAUAUCUAUCGCGCAGACACCGGCUGCUGUCUAUACGGAUACGCUGUGACCUACGAAGGCGCCCGGAAGAUACUCGCCUCGUUGUCAGUGGACCACCUGGAGAUCGCCGUGGACAAUGCCCUGGGCGACAUGUGUGGAGGCAAGAAUCGUCCUCGGAUCCAAUGCUAUGCGCCCCAUCCGAAUCUGAUCGCGACGCAUCGACGCGCGGGCUCCUCCUUCAAGGACUCGGACAUUGAGGCCUACGGACAGGACAACUGGCAUCCAGCGGAGGCGUGGGAUCUGGUCUACAGUACGAAGCUCAACCUUCAGCGCUUGCUGGGAGGCCAUGAGACGGUGCUGUCUCAGUGGCCGGACGACCAUCAUCCAUGGUCGCAGGCUGAGUUGAAGGUGAAGGAGUUUCAAUAUCCGCAAGGGUUUCAUGUUGCUGUUUAG